AUUUGCGGCUGGGAAUUGCCAGUCUCGGCGUGUGCUCCCUGCGCGGCUCCUCGCAGCGCCUUCCGCCCAGCGUGCCGGCUCCGUGCCCCGGGCCGCGAGGGCUCCGCGCCCGUGGGGAGAAUGAGCCGCAUCUACCACGACAGCGUCCUCCAGAACAAAGCGGUGCAGAGCGCGCGGCUGCCUGGGGCCUGGGACCCCGCCGCCCACCAGGGGGGAGAUGGUGUCCUGCUGGAGGGAGAGCUGGUCGAUGUAUCACGGCACAGCAUCUCAGAUGCCCAUGGCAGGAAGGAGCGCUACUACGUGCUGUAUAUCCGGCCCAGUUGCAUCCAUCGCCGUAAGUUUGAUCCCAAGGGAAAUGAAAUCGAGCCCAACUUCAGCGCCACCAGGAAGGUGAACACAGGCUUCCUCAUGUCAUCCUACAAGGUGGAGGCCAAGGGAGACACCGACAGACUCUCGCCCGAAGCACUGAAGGGGCUGGUGAAUAAGCCAGAGCUGCUUGCGCUGACCGAGAGCCUCACCCCCGACCAGACGGUGGCAUUCUGGAUGCCUGAGUCAGAGAUGGAGGCCAUGGAGCUCGAGAUAGGGGCUGGGGUCCGGCUGAAAACUCGUGGUGAUGGUCCCUUCCUGGAGUCAUUAGCCAAACUUGAAGCUGGAACAGUGACCAAGUGUAAUUUCGCUGGUGAUGGAAAGACAGGAGCGUCCUGGACAGACAACAUCAUGGCCCAGAAGUCUUGGGAGGGGGCCGCGGCAGAGACCCGAGAACAGGGGGACGGCGCAGAGGACGAGGAGUGGGAUGACUGAGGUCAGUGAGAGAUGGGGUGCCUCCAGGGCCCACCAGCACUGUUAAGCAUUUCUUCCAUCACCUUUCAUCCUGGAGCUCGCAGAAGCAAGUCCGCCAAGCCCUACCCUGGUUCUUCCCUACAGCGGCCACGGAACACCCUUUGAACAAGCUCUGCUAAAAUCAAACCCAAGACCCUGGUGUUAGCACUGGGGCCCUGUGCUGCGCCUCAUGAAGCAUCUCUCCCUGGAUGUGAGUCUAACCUUCCUAGACAUUUUCAUGAUAGCGAGUUCCCCAGGGCAUUCAGGGGAACUGGACUUGGUACAGAACUGGGGGGGAAAAAAAAUCCCUCAUCUGCAUGCAGAAUGGCUCAGAGAAGUUAGCAGGGCCUCCUUCUUCUGUUCUUGUUGUGUAGCCUGCUUUCCUUCUUAAACUGCCCUCUUCCCUAGCACUCUGUGCUGUAGCCUCUGUGCCCCUGCUCAAGCCUCCUUGUCCCCUUUUCAGCCCCCCAGAACUGUCAGUUUUUUUCCUCCUCUGGUUGUCUGUAUCUUUGGGGUUCCUGUCUCCUGACCUCCCUUUGCUCCUUUCCCAGGGAUGCUCCUCUCAGAGAGGCUGAGAGCAUUCAGAGGUGUGGCUGGCGGGUCUCCAUCUCUGACUUAUUCUGCCAGACUACAUUUUUUUUUUUUUUUUUUUAAAGCAUGCACAUGUGGCGUAUGGAGGUUCCCAGGCUAGGGGUCAAGUCAGAGCUGCAGCUGCUGGCCUACACCACAGCCACAGCAACGCCAGAUCUGAGCCACGUCUGCAACCUACACCACAGCUCAUGGCAACACUGGAUCCUUAUCCCACUGAGUGAGGCUAGGGACCAAAUCCACCACCUCAUGGAUCCUAGUAGGGUUCAUCACCGCUGAGCCAUGACAGGAACUCCCCCAGGCCACAUUUUUUAUAACACUUUUCUUGUUUUGUACCUUGAGAACUUUUUAUGAAUGAAUAAAAUCUUCAGGAAAUGAUUCCUCUA